AUGGGAGGAGAAGGACUUAAUGGUGCAUUUUGUGAUUCUAUAACAGAUUUUGGCUCUACAAUAUCUUCAGGUGGAGAAAAUUUUUUAUUUGUUUUUCUCUUUGGUUUCCGUUUCUUUUUUAUUUCUCUUUUUAUUUUAAUUCUUUUACCAUUAUUUUUCAAAUUUCUUUCUAAUGCUUGAUUUGUUGUAGGAGGUCUUGGAUCUAAUUGUAUAUUUUGAUCACUUUUAGUUGUUGAAGGAAUGGAGGAUGAAGAAAGAGAAGGGACAAUAUUGUAUGCGUGAUUAGGGGGCUCUUGGGGGUAAUAUGAAAAAGAAUUAUCACUAAUCCAAUUGUCGUCGUUAUCUAUGUCAUCAUUUGCAGAGAUGUAAGAUGCGCGC